GCAAACACAUGUCAAAACAAACCAUUUCCAUGUCCACUUCAAAAGGGCGCGCUCCCUACUGUGACUGGACAAGCAAAGAAAAUCAACACUCUCUCAACUCAAGUCCAUUCAAGAGCUAAGUUGACGUCACCAUAAAACAAUUCUCACUUCAUUAAGGAAUAAAUGUUUUAUUUAUGCGCGCGCUUAUCAGCACUUUAUCAGAGAUACGCUUUUUUUAAUUAUUGGCGAUGCCAAAGCUGCUGCAUGCUGGAAUGCUUGAGCCACAAACACUACUUAGAACCAAAUAUGUGGGAGUAACGGACGGCAACGCAAUUUAAUUUAGCGUAAUAAUUGAAAAUCAAGAGCGCAAAUGAGCGAUUAAGGCUUAAGUGGAUCUACGAGCUGUUGUUGUUAUUGCUGUUAAGUAUGUUACAGCGUUUAUGGUGAUCGCGUGAGGAAGUGCGGCGGGUAGCCUGCUGUGCGCAUAUCCGCAAAGUAAGUACCAAAGCAAAUGUGGAAGCAAGGAAGAGAGGAAAAAGAAAAUAUGCCAAUCUUAAGACAGCACAAAGAAUUUUCACAGCUCGUUCCAGUUGUGGUCAAAUAUUUAGACUUUUGUUGUGUGCGGUAAACUCCUACAAGCGCAUAGGCAUGUCCCUGUACACAGCAUUAUUGUUGUUGUACACAUAAUUACAUAUGCUUACAUACAAACAUACAUAGUUUAUGGUCAAUUUGUCGCCACUAACGACUUAAUUCAUUUCACAGACAAUUCGCCACCACAAUGUACUCUCACCGCAUCUCACUCGCAUAUCCAGGGCUACUGUUGAUGCUCAGAUUAUUAAUUUUAAAGCGGCACACUAACGGCACUACAACUAUAUUUAUAUGUAUGUAGACGACUGCGGAAUGGGCGGUGCAGAAGGAAAUUGCUGAAAUAAGAGAUCAGCGUUGAUCAUUAACUCAUUGGUUAAAAAAUAAUGUGCGCACACAAGUGCACAUUCGUAAGCGUUGAAGACCGGCUGUGCGUUGAAAGUGGAAAACAUUGAAAAGAACAUCGCCAUGACGAGCGGACGCGCAUUUCUAUCGUUCGCCUACAAUUAGUUGCCAACUAAUUGUCCCGCAGUGUCAAUUAACUCGACUGGAAGUGAAAUUUUACAGAGCAUUUCAAUUUAUGUGCAAAAUAAUAUGCAUAUAUACUUAAUGUAUUGAUAAAUAGAAUUGAAACAAUUCAUCAAUUAAUAAAUAAAAACUGUGCUCAAUAAAAAAGUGGCUUCUCAAUACUUAAAAAUUGUAAAAAUUAUCAUAGUAAUUCUUCUAAAACUAUUCUUCGGAAUUAUGGAUUAUGAAUUAUUGCACAACUAUCCAUUGAUGCUGGAUAUGCUGUGUGAGCCGCAGAGCAUUAGUCCUGCGCACUCGGAUGUGUCCAACGGCAGCGAAUCGGGCAAGCCACGACAAGAAGUAAAUGCACGAGAACGUAGUCGUACACAAAGGUUUGUUAAUUCCGCCUUUACAACACUGCGCAGCUUGAUACCGACCGAACCGUGUGAUCGUAAAUUAUCAAAAAUCGAAAUAUUGCGUCUGGCUAAGAGUUACAUAGCGCAUCUAGAUGCCGUUAUUAUGACGGGCAAUAGCGACAGACCGUGUGCAAAUUAUACCAGUCAACUUCGAUGCGAAAAUAUGAUGUCCAGCGACAAACCCAGAUCAACCAUCUGCACAUUUUGCGCGACUUUGAGCACAAAUAAAAGUUAGGACGGUGCAACCGAGCGAUUUUAAAGUGCAUAAAUCGAAGUAAAUAUUUAUAAGUAUACAUGCUUAGAUUAAAAAAUUGCUCAUGUAUCACACAUUUGGUAUAUGUGUACAUAUAUAGAUAUGUACUAUGUAUAUAGUGGAAGAAAUCCGAGCUUAUUUUUAAUGUAUUUUUUAUUAUAAUGAAUAAAAUAAUAGUACUAAAGUGGGA